CGCUGACGGUAUUAGCUUGUCCUGGUUGAAAACAUGAUCGAGCGCUCAGGCGAGUGUCUACUUCAGGGGAAUGCGACUUCUGUCUAAAGCUGCCGCAGCAAUGGCAGCAGCGAAGAGGGAAAUUACGAGCGAUGAAGCAAUCCAGCGCAUAAACUCAGAGCCCAUCACCGGCGAAUGCGAUCUGGUGAACGAGCACGCGAUUGUGGUCGACGUCGAGCGCCUACUGCUUCCCCUCGGCACUCCAGUGCGCACGAACAAUGCAAGCCCCGCUGACGAAACGCACUACGUUCUCGUCAUUCACGGCACAUUCGCUCAGCCUAAAUUGAAUGGCAGAGUGAACUGGUUUCAUCCGGACCCAGAAAAGGCUCCGGACAACUUCUGUUCGCGCCUCGCGGUUCAACUGUCUUGUGGGCUCUUCAGCGAGGAUGCGGUUUGGAGAUCGUUGCCUGAUCCGGAGCUUCUUCCCAGCGGAGUGCAUUAUCCGUUCUUUUGGGAUGGCAGCAACACGGAUGAGGGGCGCAAGGAUGCUCUGCACCAUUCUGUCCAACAAGAGAAGAGGGAGCGGGAUUCUCCAGAGGUUGUGUAA